AUGGAUCAACAUGCGGUUGGUGAUCGCUUGUUCUCGAAAAAUAAAUUAAAAACUCUUCUGGUGGAAAAUAAACGUGAGACUGUGAAAUUGAAUGAUAAACUCCAUGGAUUGAAAAAUGAAACUAAUUUUGAAAUAUCAAAAACAAAUAUAGAAAUAGCAAAAUUAAAGACCAAGCUGGUACAUUAUGAUAAACGAAAAGUUGAAUUCGAGCGUCAAAAAAAUACUCGUGCAAAUCGAUUUGGUCAAAAAAUAACAUCGAAUAAUUCUGACGGUGGAGCUAACGAACGUAAACCAGAACUUUCGGAGUUGGAAUUAAUUUCGUUGAGGUUUGAGAAGUGCAUGAUGAAAUCAAUAAAAAAUUCUGUAGAAUCGCUGGUGGUGCCUCAGUUGAAUUCUAAGAACCACGCACCAACCUCCCACUUGCUCCCUAACAACGCACCGACAUCAGAGAUGCGCCCCACAAGACCACAGUCACCAGGUGAGUUACUUCCGUCUUCAAAAGAACUAAAGCCCUUCUGCAUAUCUUUCAAUUGUUUCGAUUACCCACCUUACGACGAAAUAUUAAUAACAAAAGAUGACAAUAAAUUAAUUUUAACAAAAAUUUUUAAAAAGCAAGCAAAUCUUAACGCAAUUAUAGAAGCAGUUAACGACAUUGUGGAUGAUGUUGAAAACGAGCGCAAGCAUAAGAAGUUCCAGAGAUGGAGAGAGCUGGUGGAGAGCAUGGACGACGAGUACAACAUGACCGACACGUGCUGCGAUACAACAGCUGAAUACAAAACCGACGAAGGAACGACAGAAAGUUUGAACAAUCACUCACAUAAGAACCAUCCAGACCACUCGUUGUCAUCUAACACAGAUAAUUUUGUUAGCGAUGGAAAACUUCAAAAUGUACAAAACGUUAAUAUAGAUCCUACACAGAAUGACGUUUGGAGUAAAAUCAGCGAAGUUAUUUUUGAAAACGACAAAGAAGAACUUUCAAAAACCGCACAAACCGUUAAGAAGAGUGAUGAAGGAGGAGAUGUUUCGAAUGGCCUGCCUCCAUCACAGCGCUAUCAAAAAGUUAUGAUCAAGUUGGCACAAAUUCUAAAGUGCGCGGAAACAAAAUUACGUUCGAAUGACUGA